AUGAGGCAGGCCAUCCAGAAUCUUAGGAACGCAGAGUUGGAUUCCAACACGCUCCGGGGAUCUGGAGAUGUGGACGACAAGCUUGGAGAAGACCCGACUGUAACUGAAGAAGACAAGGGAACUGCAGGGCAAGACUCUGACACUGACCCUGAUGGUCCUAAAGCUACCGAAGAAAAGCGACACACAGCGGGGGCAGAGGGAGCGGCAUCUGACACUACUGGAGAUUUGACACAGGAUGUGAUGACUUUUGGCCGGAAAGGAUCAGAACCUGGAGAGUUUCAUCACCCGCGCGGGGUUGUAGUGUCGCCUAGCAACGACAUAUUUGUGGCUGAUAUGAGUAACAAGCGAGUCCAAGUUCACACCACAGAGGGGGUUUACCUGCGCCACUUCCCAACAGUUGUACCGGGUACAGCGGAUAAGGACAUGGGGCCACAUGAUGUCUGUAUGGACGGUAACGGCACGUUGUGGGUAGUGGGGGAAGGUGGAUCAGCUGAGCAUGUUGUACAGUACAGCACGGACGGGAUCGCCAUGGGGGGGUUUCACCUGGAGGAGAUCGGUUAUUUCCGCGGUAUUGCAGUAGACAUGCGCACUAACCACAUCCUGGUUACUGAUGCACACCAAGGUGCAGUUCAUGUGUUCCGUCCGGACGGCUCCCUGGUGCGGACAGUGCAGCAUCCACGGGAGGAGAUGAGACGCCCUCGGUACGUCACUGUGGACGGGAACUUUCUUGUGUCGGACCGGGACACUCACAGAGUAUACGUGUAUGACGAGUCCGGGAAAUUCCUGUUCCAGUUCGGAGGUGAGGGAAGCGGUGAAGGUCAGAUGAGUUUUCCUCACGGCAUCUGUACAGACAGCUCGGGGCAUAUCCUCGUGGCGGACUAUGGGAACGAGAGGGUUCAGAUCUUCACACGUCACGGCGAGUUUGUCCGUACCGUCCAUCCAGGGUUUAACCCGGAAGGCCUGGCUGUGGGACCGGAAGGGCAGCUGGUUGUUACCAGUCAUUUUGACCAUACUGUGACUGUAUAUCCCUGCUAUUAG